GCCGAGCGACGCCGCCGCCGCGGAGGAGUGAGUGAGAGAGAGAGAGUGAGAGAGAGAGAGAGAGAGAGAGAGAGAGAGAGAAGGAGAAAGAGAAACGCUGACAAAGUCCUUGGAGUAUGAACAGACUCACAUUUGCGGUUUUCCUGUUGGCACUGGGCUUUCUUGUGUGCGAAGGAGGUAACCCAUGCUGCUCGGAGCCAUGCCAGAACAGGGGCGUUUGCACGGCCAUGGGAGCGGAUAAUUACGAGUGCGACUGCACGCGCACGGGAUAUUAUGGACCAAACUGCACAGCACCCGAGUUCCUCACCUGGAUCAAAAUGUCCCUGAAGCCAACGCCGAACACCAUCCACUACCUUCUCACCCACUUCAAGGGCUUCUGGAACAUCAUCAACAACAUCUCAUUUCUCCGGGAUGCCAUCAUGAGAUAUGUGCUGACAUCCCGAUCCCACAUGAUUGAUAGUCCUCCAACUUUCAACGUGGAUUACGGUUACAAAAACUGGGAAGCCUAUUCCAACCUUUCCUAUUACACACGCACCCUCCCCCCAGUGCCGGAGGAUUGCCCAACCCCGAUGGGAGUAGUAGGUAAAAAGGAGCUACCUGAUGCUAAGCUUUUGGCCGAGAAGCUCCUGAUGAGGAGACAGUUUAUCCCGGACCCACAGGGCACCAGCCUGAUGUUUGCGUUCUUCGCACAGCAUUUCACCCACCAGUUCUUCAAAUCUGAUAUGAAGAAAGGACCUGCUUUUACCGCGGCUAAAGGUCAUGGGGUGGACCUCAGCCACAUUUAUGGAGACAGCCUGGAGAGGCAACACAGGCUCAGACUCUUCAAGGACGGCAAGCUUAAAUAUCAGAUCCUGGAUGGAGAGGUGUACCCCCCAACAGUAAAGGAAGUGGGAGUCGAGAUGCACUACCCUCCACAUGUCCCCGACGGUCAUCGCUUCGCUGUGGGCCACGAGGCAUUUGGCCUGGUCCCUGGUCUGAUGAUGUAUGCCACCAUUUGGCUGCGGGAACACAACCGGGUGUGCGACGUGUUGAAGGAGGUGCACCCCGACUGGGAUGACGAAAGACUCUUCCAGACCACACGGCUCAUCCUGAUUGGUGAGACCAUCAAGAUUGUGAUCGAGGACUACGUGCAGCACCUGAGCGGCUAUUUCUUCAAGCUCAAGUUUGACCCCGAGCUGCUCUUCAACCAGCGUUUCCAGUACCAGAACCGCAUCGCCUCCGAAUUCAACACCCUGUACCACUGGCACCCGCUGAUGCCCGAUACUUUCCACAUUGAGGAGAAAGAUUACAGCUACAAACAGUUUGUCUUCAACACCUCUGUGGUGACUGAGCAUGGCAUCAGCAACCUGGUGGAGUCAUUCACCAAGCAGAUUGCUGGACGGGUUGCUGGUGGCCGUAAUGUCCCUGGCCCUAUCAUGUACGUGGCCAUCAAGUCCAUAGAGAACAGCAGGCAAAUGCGUUACCAGUCUCUGAAUGCCUACAGGAAACGAUUCAACAUGAAGCCCUACAGCUCUUUUGAGGACAUGACAGGAGAGAAAGAAAUGGCUGCAGUGCUGGAGGAAAUGUAUGGACAUGUCGAUGCCGUGGAGCUCUACCCCGGCCUGCUGGUGGAGAAACCAAGGACUAAUGCCAUCUUUGGGGAGACCAUGGUGGAGAUGGGGGCCCCUUUCUCCCUCAAGGGCUUAAUGGGAAACCCCAUCUGCUCCCCGGAGUACUGGAAGCCAAGCACCUUCGGAGGCAGCGCGGGCUUCGACAUCAUCAACACUGCCUCCCUGCAGAAGCUCGUCUGCGAUAACGUGCGCGGCCCCUGUCCCUUGGCGUCCUUUCAUGUGCCCAACAUUAAAGAGACGGGGUCCAUGAUCAUCAACUCAAGCACGUCUCACUCACGUGGCAGUGACAUCAACCCUACAGUCAUUUUGAAAGAACGGACUACUGAGCUCUAAUUUUUAUUAUUAUUAUUAUUAUUGCAUUAUUAUUAUUUCAUUAGGUACAUUUUUAUAAAUAUGUAUUUAUUUAUUUAUUUAUUUUUAUAUUUAUUAUUAAUUCUAUUUAUAGUAUGACAUGAGAAAGUGCAAAACAACUGAUUUUUUUUUUUUUUUUUAUACAGAUACAUUGUGUAUAUUUUCGUCUGGUUUUCAAGAACAAAAGCCUGUGGUUGUUUAUUUAUUGAAAGAUUAAUGGUAUUAUUGUAAGAGUAAUAUAAUGACCUCAGUCACUGCAACUUGAUACUUGAAGUUUAGUUUACAGUUUCAGCUACUGAGUGGAGUACGUUACACUGCUUUCCUUGGGUUAACUGCUGCUCUCUCGUUUAUGUUCAUGCAGUUGUAUGGGUGUCCCAGUACACCACAGUCAGCUGUUUUACAGACAGCAAUACAGUAGUACACUAUAGUAGUGAUGUUCACAGUUAACUGCAUGACUGAUCUUGUCUCUCUUGAUGUAAUUUAAAAUGCAGUAAUGCAUUCACAUUUCAGUAUUGUUUUUACAGAUUUUUUUUUUUUUCUACUUCAGUCUUUGUAUUGGCUAGGAUCAUAUGAUGUGACACUAAUAACUCUGUGUCCAAGCUGCUCUGUUGUUUAGAAUUGCAUUGUCGUUCUAUAGAAGUUGUUUCAUUUGAUUGUAUGGGGCAAUUUGUUCAUAAUUCUGCUAUCAGUGCCUGUUUACUUGCAAGAUUGACAUCAAUAAAUACUACCAGGAAAUGCACAUUUCUCAGAAAUCCGCUAACAUUUUUGUCUUUCUCAGUUUUUAGCUCUGACUGUGCUCUUACAUAAACUGUCUUAUUGAUGUCCCAAGAGUAGACAAACCUUUACUUCCUAAAGAGAGAAUGUAAUCCAAGUCCUGGAUAUGUUUAGCGAUUCAGACGAUAUCAAUAGUUAAAAACAAAACAACAAAAAAAAAGAAUAAUUUUAAGUCAUAUGUUUCUU